CGGGCGCGGCCGGCAGCACCAUGGAGAGCGGCAGCGCGGCGCGCCUGGACGCCGCUGCCUUCCUGGGCGCCUGGAGGCGCCUCGACGCCGACGACAAUGGUUACAUAGAAGGGAAGGAGCUUGACAGUUUUUUUCAUCAUCUCCUGGAGAAACUUGGACCAGAAGACACAAUAACAGAAGAAAAAAUACAGAGGAUGAAGGAUCAAUUCAUGUCUGCCUACGAUGUUACCACAGAUGGACGCCUGCAAAUCCAAGAGCUUGCAAACAUGAUCUUGCCAGAUGAUGAGAACUUUCUGCUGCUUUUCCGACGGGAAACUCCCUUGGACAACAGUGUGGAAUUCAUGCGGAUCUGGCGCAGCUACGAUGCUGAUAGCAGUGGAUUUAUUUCAGCUGGAGAGCUCAAAGAUUUCCUGCGAGAUCUCUUUUUGCAGCAUAACAAGACAAUUGCUGAAGUAAAGCUAGAAGAAUACACUGAUACCAUGAUGAAAAUCUUUGACAAAAACAAAGAUGGACGGCUGGACCUGAAUGACCUGGCAAGGAUUCUGUCACUCCAGGAAAAUUUCCUUCUUCAAUUUAAAAUGGAUGCUUGCAGCACAGAAGAAAGGAGGAGAGAUUUUGAGAAGAUCUUUGCACACUAUGACGUUAGUAAAACAGGAGCACUUGAAGGCCCAGAAGUGGAUGGGUUUGUCAAAGACAUGAUGGAACUGGUUAAGCCCAGCAUUAGCGGGGUGGACCUGGACAAGUUCCGCCAGAUCCUGCUCAACCACUGCGACAUGAACAAGGAUGGAAAAAUUCAGAAAUCCGAGCUGGCUUUGUGUCUUGGGCUUAAAAUGAACCCAUAGCUGGGAGGAAUGCUUGUGGUUGUGUUUCCCUUGUGAGAUUUGCCUGCUGCUCCUCGUAGAAGUGUGUCCGUGGUGCGGGGUGAGGGGCUGUGGGAAGAGGCAGCAGAGUGGGACAUGGGGCAAGACCCUCCCCCACAUCCCCCUCUGAUGUUCGCUCUCUUCUGGGUCCCCUUAGCAAUGGUGUGUCUGCCCAUGGGCACACCAGCUGCUCUGAAAGGGGUUGCUAUUCUCCUCCUGCCCCCACAAAGCGCUGCCCUACCUGCCCUCUAGGACAGGGACAAGCGCCUCCUUACAAAUGGCCCCUCAGUGCUCUCCAUGUGCAGCUCCUAAGUGUUUCUGAUGGCCACCUCGGUGUGAAGGCUUUACUUUGGUGAGCCCCGUGCUCGCUUUGUGCUUUUAAAAUACUGGAUGGCUCACAGUGUACUUGUGCAGAAAUAAAA